ACAAACAAAACGGUCCAAAAUACUGCUCCACCAACCUUGCAGCUCAGAAACUUGCAGUACAAAACAGUCCAAAAAUUGCACAAGAAUGUACCAAGCAAAACCUGCAUCAUUAAAGCAAAACAGGAUAGAAGAACAAAGAGGAAAACUUAAUGAACAAGGAGGCUUAAUUCUUUUUUUUGAAAUUCAUCUCAGCUCUAUAUAACCAGCUGCUCAGCACACACAAAGGGAAGAAGAAAAUUACAACAAAAAAACUCUGCCAAAAGCUUCCUCCAAAUUCAUCUUCAAACCUCACCGUUCCAUCACUCACCAACUCUUAUAAUCUACAUCCUCUUCACCAUCACCUCAACACUGAGUUAUUGAUAUCACAGCCAAAAUCACCUUCACCAUAGAAAUCAACCUACAUAUGCUUAGCAUAAUCUCAUCACUGAUUCAUAAACCUGCAAAUCUUACACAGCUUCCAAACACAACGGUUCAACCUUCAUAACAAAACCAUUUUCACAAAAACGAUACAAUAUCUCAUACCUGCAAAAGCCACGUUCAUAAACCUUCAAAAAUCAUCUCACCGAGCCACCCAAAACAAACGCACCAUUCAUCACAUCACCUUCAAACUUUCCUUCGUACAUCACCUCAGAAUAGAACAACAACACAGUAGCCAUUCCGCCGUAGAAGGCUACCUCACAAACUCUUCAACGCACACAUCUCCGACCGAAGCACACAGCUGCGAGAGUUCGAGCACGCAAUAACAAAACCAUCAGUGACUCUCCCCAUACCUUCAUCUACCAUCGAUUCGACAACUCGAACAACACCAGACUCACAAACGCUCCGUUGAUUCUUUAUUGACUCCAACAAUGGAUGAUCUUAUUGAUAUUAACAUGAUGCUUGAUGGGAGUUUGGAAGAGGAGACAACGGACAGAGGAAAUUUAGAGAUUGGCGAGAUGAUUGAUUUGGACCUUCCAGUUACACUUCCAAAUGACAACACUACUCAAAAUACAACUACUACUCAAAAUACUUCUACCACACAAAAUACAACUACUGCUGAUGAUGGUGCAACCCCUCUAGUUGACCCAUAUCAGAGUUCUCAAAGUCAUAGAAAUGCAUUUGGUAAAGCUCCUCAUCCUAAGAAGUCUGCUAUUCAUACUGAAAUGGUUCUUAUAGAAAUGCCCGAUGGUACCAAGAAGUGGAAAUUCAAAUGGUGUGGUAAGCUUUACACUUAUGAUGUGAAAUGGAAAAGUACUUCUAAUGGUAAGAAACAUUUAGAAAACUGCAUUCAGAGAAAGUUGAGGCUGAAAGGUAAUACUGACAAACAUGUUGCACAAUCUAGGUGUUGAUAAUACUCCUAGUUUAGCAACUUGGACAUAUAAUCAUGUUAGGGUUAGAGAGGUUGCAACUCAUAUGAUUCUAGGUCAUGAAUUUCCUUUUUCUGCUAUGGAAGGUGUUAUCUUUAAUGAGUUUCUUAGAGAAAUUUAUCCAUGGUACAAAAAGAUUACUAGACAAUAGGUUAAGUUUGAUUGUGAGAGAUUUUAUGAGGCUGAGAGAGCUAAGAUGAAAAAGUUUAUGUCUUUGAUUAACAGGAUCAGUCUUACAACUGACUUGUGGUGGUCUAGUGAGCAGAGGAUAGGUUAUAUGACUGUGACUGGUCAUUUAAUUGAUUCAAAAUGGCAGCUUCACAAAAGAGUUUUAUCUUUUAAGAAUGUGCCACCACCACAUUCAGGUGAGGUUUUGUGUAGAGAAUUUAUUAAUGUCGUGGAUGACUGGGGCAUAAGGGAUAAGGUUGUUUCAAUUUCAGUUGAUAAUGCUAGUGCCAAUGAUAAUUGUAUUGUUAAGUCGAAGAGAGAUUAUUCUGGUAGGAGAAAUCUACCAUUGAAUGGUAAACUGUUUCAUGUGAGAUGUUGUGCACACAUCCUAAAUUUGUUGGUUCAGGAUGGUUUUGAUAUGAUUAAGUUGACUGUUGAUAAGAUUAGGAAUGGGAUCAAAUACUUGCUGAAUUCUGAAACUAGAUGCAAAGUCUUCAAAAAAUUUGUUGAUGAGUUGCAACUUGAAGGCAGAAUGCAAGUGUUGGAUACUAAGACUAGGUGGAACUCAACUUGGUUGAUGUUGUCCACUGCAUACUGUUGCACCCCAAAA